CGUGCGGUGGGGGAUGAGGCGGAGUGAGCGGGGGAACAGGAGCGUUCGGUCGCAGAUUAUCCGACAGGGGUGACCGUGAGGAAGGAACCGGAGCAGCCGACGGCAGGAACCGGCUCUCAGCGCUCCGAGCCUGAGGUUGGGAAGCAGCGACGCUCCGAAUGCUGCACUGUGCUCACCGCAGAGAGACCGGGCUAACAGACUGACCGCUAACAGACUGACCGCAGAGAGACCGGGCUAACAGACUGACCGCUAACAGACUGACCGCAGAGAGACCGGGCUAACAGACUGACCGCUAACAGACUGACCGCGGAGAGACCGGGCUAACAGACUGACCGCUAACAGACUGACCGCGGAGAGACCAGGCUAACAGACUGACCGAGGAGAGACCAGGCUAACAGACUGACCGAGGAGAGACCAGGCUAACAGACUGACCGAGGAGAGACCAGGCUAACAGACUGACCGCGGAGAGACCGCGCUAACAGACUGACCGCAGAGAGACCGCGCUAACAGACUGACCGCAGAGAGACCGGGCUAACAGACUGACCGCGGAGAGACCAGGCUAACAGACUGACCGAGGAGAGACCAGGCUAACAGACUGACCGCAGAGAGACCGCGCUAACAGACUGACUGCGGAGAGACCGCGCUAACAGACUGACCGCUAACAGACUGACCUCAGAGAGACCGGGCUAACAGACUGACCUCAGAGAGACCAGGCUAACAGACUGACCGCAGAGAGACCGCGCUAACAGACUGACUGCGGAGAGACCGCGCUAACAGACUGACCGCUAACAGACUGACCGCAGAGAGACCGCGCUAACAGACUGACUGCGGAGAGACCGCGCUAACAGACUGACCGCAGUGAGACCGCACUAACAGACUGACCGCGGAGAGACUGCACUAACAGACGGACCGGAGCCUAGCGGACCGCCUGAGGCGGGGGUAGCUGGCUGUAGCGGUGCAGGACGGUCGCGCGCUGAGAUCGUGGUGCUCAGCGAGGGAAUGGAAGGUUCCAGCGUGCGCUACCUCACGCUCGCUCCCCGCUGCUCGCUCUGUGGCCAGCGCACGCCCCAGGCCUCCUACUCCACCGUGCGCAUCUCCCACAGCGAGAUGGAGUCCUACCACCGCCUCCUCAGGCUGUGUCAGGAGGCGGAGUCUGUCAGCGCGAGAAACGAGAUCAUGCAGCAGGAGAUCAGGCCCCUGCUGGCGGUCGACAUCAUCGAGCAGCUUCACCGCCAGUUCGCCGUGCUCUCAGGAGGAAGAGGAAAGGAUGGGGCUCCUAUCAUCACCUUCCCAGAGUACCCCGGCUUCAGCGACCUGCCGGACGAGGACUUCCUCAAUGUGGUCACUUACCUGACCAGUAUUCCCAGCCUGGACGCUGCCAGCAUCGGCUUCAUCAUCGUCAUCGAUCGGCGGCGGGACAAGUGGAGCUCGGUGAAGGCGUCCUUGGCUCGGAUCGCGGGGGCGUUCCCAGGAAACCUGCAGCUGGUGCUGGUGCUCCGCCCGUCCCGCUUUAUCCAGAGAGCCUUUGCCGACAUCGGCAUCCGGCUGCACCGCGACGACUUCAAAAUGAAGGUACCGAUCAUCAUGCUGAACUCGCUGUCAGACCUGCACGGAUACGUCGACAGAGGUCAGCUGACCUGCGAGCUGGGCGGGAACCUGGAGUACUGCCACAGCCAAUGGAUCCACCAUCGCACCGCCAUAGAGAACUUCGCGGUGACGGUGAAGACCACCGCGCAGAUGCUGCAGCGCUUCGGGAAGGACCUGGCCGAAACAGAGCUGCCCAACGACGUGCAGUGCACCAAGGACCUGCUGGGGGCGCACUGCGAGAAGCACGACAAGCUGGAGAACGAGCUCAGCCUGGCCAUGAAGCAGGGAACCACCCUGCUGUCCUGCAUCAGAGAGCAAGCCGCCAAGAACGCCAACUACAGGCUGAACCCCGACGAGGCCGAGAACCUGACCACCGUGGAGAGGCUGCUGGCCCAGCUGAGUGAGACGGAGAACGCGUUUGAGCAGUUCUGGUCCAAACAUCGCCUCAGGCUGGAGCAGUGCCUGCAGCUGCGCCAUUUUGAGCAGGACUCCGGGUGAGCCCCGCCCAUGCUGCUGCUGCCAUUUGAGCAGGACUUCCGCGAGGUGAAAGUGGCGCUGGACGGCCUCAUGCAGGCCCAGGCGGCGCUGUCGGACAGCGGGGACACAGCGGGACGCGUGGAGCAGCUGCUGCAGGAGCUGAAGAGCCUGGAGGACAGAGCGCAGGGCUCUCUGGAGAAGGCCCAGCUCCACGCUCUGCACGGGGACCAGCUGAUCCAGAGCGGCCAUUACGCCGUCGACUCCAUCCGGCCCAAGUGCGUGGAGCUCCGCCGCGUCUGCGACGACUUCACCAACGGCGCCCAGCGGAAGCACGAUGUGCUCGCCAAAUCCCUCCUCACACACCAGGGCAUAGACAAGGUGAACCAGUGGUGCGAGUCGGGUGUGUACCUGCUGGCCUCUCAGGCCGUGGACAAGUGCCAGUCACAGGAGGGGGCGGAGUCAGCCCUGCAGGACAUUGAGAAGUUCCUGGAGAGCGCUGAUGAUCAGCAGCUAAGCAGCCUCAAGGACCUCUGCAACCAGUAUGACAUCAUCCUGACCGCCGAACUCAAGGCCAGCGUGCAGAAGGCCCUGCUGAGGCUGGAGGACGUGCGCGAGAUGUUCGACCGGCGACACGUCAGCCUGAAGAAGCUGUCCGCCAAACAGGCCCGGCCCGUGCAGCCCGUGGCCCCGCGACCGGAGUCCUCCCCCAAACGCGCCUCCCCCAAGAGCGGCAGGACCGGCGGCCCCACGGUGAACCGCCGGGUUCCAGAGAAUUCCGGCGGCCCCAAGCCGGCGCCGGCGGCCGACGCUGAACUCGCCAGGAAGAAAAAUAUCCGCAAGUCUAAAGGCGCCAUUAAGAUUGAAGUUCUGCAUGAAGCCAGCCAGGGGGGGUCCAGUCAUGUGGUGGUGUCCGAGACGGAAGAGUCCUUGUCCAGCAGAAGGAGACACAUCGUCACUGAGCUGAUUGAAACGGAGAGAGUGUAUGUUGAAGAGCUGCAGAGCAUCAUGGAGGGCUACGCCGCCGAGCUCGAUAAGACGCGCCUCACGCACCUCCUCCCCCUGGCGCUGCACGACAAAAAAGACGUGCUUUUCGGGAACCUUCCGGAAAUCCACGACUUUCACAACAGGACAUUUCUGAAGGAGCUUGAAAACUGUGUUGAAAACCCAGAAUUGGUGGGAAGGUGUUUCCUGAAAAGGAAGGAGGACCUGCAGAUCUACGAGAAGUACUGCCAGAACAAACCGCGCUCUGAAGCUCUGUGGAGACAGUGUGGAGACUGUGCUUUCUUCCAGGAAUGUCAGAAGAGGCUGGAGCACAAGCUGUCCCUGGACGCGUACCUGCUGAAGCCGGUGCAGAGGAUCACUAAGUACCAGCUGAUGCUGAAGGAGAUGCUGAAGUGCAGUAAGAACUCGGAGGGCACUGCAGAGCUGGAGGAGGCUCUGGCCACCGUCCUGGACAUCAUCAAGUCCGUGAACGACUCCAUGCAUCAAAUCGCCAUCACGGGGUUCGAGGGCAGCCUGAGUGACCUGGGGAAGCUGCUCAUGCAGGGGUCCUUCCAGGUAUGGACUGAGCACAAACGGGGUCACAGCAAGGUGAAAGACCUGGCCCGCUUCAAGCCCAUGCAGAGGCACCUGUUCCUGUACGACAGGAUGCUGCUGUUCUGCAAGCGGCGCGAGGACGCGGCGGACGGACACGAGAAGAGCCCCUCCUACAGCUUCAAACACUCCUUAAAGAUGAGUGCGGUGGGGAUCACGGAGAACGUUAAAGGCGACAUGAAGAAGUUUGAGGUGUGGUACAACGGGAGAGAGGAGGUCUACAUCAUUCAGGCCUCCUCCAUGGAUGUGAAGAACAUGUGGGUGUCCGAAAUCAGGAAGGUGCUGACAGGACAGCUGGAGGCGUGCAGAGAAGCCAGUCAGCUGCACCAGAGGAUCACAGAGAACGUGUACCAUGCCCCCAUGAACAUGUCCAACACCAGAAGUGUGAGGAAGGCAGCCCUGAGGCAGUCCGAUUCCUCCAGCCCUGAGCCCGGCUUCCGCAGAGGGAACCCCAGCCCCAACAUCCGCCAGAAACGAGCCGACCCGGUCGCUGGUGCUAAUGACCGUGCCGCUCUGGCUAAAAAGCGUUUCACGCUGCAGGGUCUGGCCAACCGCCGGUCUCUCCCCUCAGCGGCUCCGCCUAAGGAGACUGAUGUCCCCCGCCGCUUCUCUUUAACCUCCUCUAUCAGCGCCGCGGCCGCCACACGCACAAAAGGUCCUCUAUCUGGUCACCUUAAAGCCAAAAGACAGGAAAUUAAGAGUGACCCCACUCCACUGGGGUAUGAAGAUACGUUGCAUCACGCGAUCCAAGCUCAGCGCAAGCGUAACAGCACUUCAGGUACGAGCGCUGCCGUGCCCCGAUCUGCCUCACAGAGCGCUGUUGUGCACCGAUCUGCCUCACAGACAGGCUGGCCGCAGAGACGUCUCCCAUCCAUGGAUAACGAGGAUUUUGAGACCAUCCCUUCCAGCGCCGAGGAGCUCUCCAACUCCUCCGACGCGGAGGACGAGUGCGGCAGCAAAAACAUAUCUUCAGCGACAUGUGCACCGCUGCUUUCACAGACACGGAGGAGCAGGAGGCGGAGUCUGUGGCUUAGGCCACAGGAAGUGGACUAGCUUAUACAACCCAACAGACUGGUGGAACCCAACAGGCUUAUGAAACCCAGAAUAGCCCUGUAACCCAACAGGCUUAAGGAACCCAACAGGGUUAUGAAAACCAGCAUGGCCCUGUAACCCAACAAGCUUAAGGAACCCAACAGGGUUAUGAAAACCAGCAUGGCCCUGUAACCCAACAAGCUUGUGGAACCCAACAGAGUUAUGAAACCCAGCAUGGCCCUGUAACCCAACAAGCUUAAGGAACCCAACAGAGUUAUGAAACCCAGCAUGGCCCUGUAACCCAACAAGCUUAAGGAAUCCUACAGGCUCGUGGAACCCAACAGGGUUUUAAAAACCAGCAUGGCCCUGUAACCCAACAAGCUUAAGGAACCCUACAGGAUUAUGGGACCUUACUUGCUAAUGAAACCCAGUACCCAUCCCUGCACGCCCCCAGACUGUAAAUCGCUCUGUCCCGGGACUGCUGUGGGGUUCUCCUGGGUUCCACCCUCUGCUCAGCCUCUCUGGAGAAACACGAGCCUCGGUCCUGUACAUCAGAUUGCCUUACACUGCAGCACCUGCAGCCGUCAGGUACUAAACACACACACGCACACACAAUCACACACACACAUAUCCACACACAUGAAUAUACACAUACACACACACACACACACACACACUCAGCUGCCAUGUCCUCUGUGGAUCUCCGAUCAGGGGGCUGGACCUGUGCUUCCUACGUUCCCCAGCAAUGCUGCUGUGCCUUUGUCAUGCAAUACCGAUACCUUCCUCCGGGAGGCAGCACAGAGCCAUCGCUCAGAAAGAGCAGGACCAAGCCAUGGGGAGACUGGAGCACUGAGGCCUAGGGCGAGGACUGCUGGUCAAUGGGGCGACGGCCGGUUUGGAGACAGACUCUGUUGUGUUUUCAUCUCCAUUCGCUGCUGUCAGUCAGGCCCAGAACUGUACUGUUGGACUUCUAUGCCAGUAGAUGGGACACAUUUUUAAAAUUCUGCUUAUUUGUUUUUUUUUUUUUUUUAACAUUGGACCCAGUAUGUUUUUGGAUUGUUGAUGACACAGCAGAAAACAAAUACACCAUCAUUUCAAAAAAAAAAAAAAGAAAAAAAAAGCUUGUUAAAAAUAAAAACAAUCUAGUUCAAUCAUUUUUAUACUUCUGAGACAGAGAACUUUUGGGGGCGGGGGGGGGCGGACUGAAGUAGAUUGUUUUGUUUUUGCUUGGAAGAACAGCAUUUGUAUCAAUUGACUGCAGGAUGAAAAAGCUCCUAUCUGAAUGUAAAUCAAACAUCUCUGUGUAAUUUCCAUCUCCAGUUCUGCUGUCUGAUGUAUUAAACUUAGAGUGGUUGUUCACUUCAGCUGGUUUAAACUCAUCAGCAUUUUACUCCAGAGCGCCACCUUACUGUCAUACCCAUUUUUAGCAGGACUGGGAAUUUCCUCCUAGCAAUUGUUCCCCUUAUUUAUUUUAGUAACCGUCUACGGAAAAAUAUCAUUAUGGUAACAUUGAUAUUUAAACAAGACAUUUAAACAAUGCAGUAUAGCCAAUGUGAGGUUUGGUGAAUGUAUU